AUGGCCGAGGAAAAACCAACCCCCGUCACCCAUGGCCAUCGAGACCCCGAGGCUCUCCCCGUCCCACACAAUGAGAUGAAGACCGGCACCAUGCAGGCUCUUGUCGAAGCCGAUCUCCUUGACUCACGCUACCAGAACACCCAGCGUGGACUGAAAACACGCCAUGUCCAGCUUAUGGCUUUGGGAGGAACAAUCGGAACCGGCCUCUUCGUUGGUUCCGGACAGGCCUUGAACAUCGGCGGUCCGCUCUCGCUCUUUCUGGGAUACCUCUUCAUCUCCACCCUCGUCUACUGCAUCGUCACCGGCAUCGCGGAGGUGGGCGCGUACCUCCCUGUCCACGGAGGCACAAUGUCCUACCACGGGUUCCGAUAUGUGUCUCGCAGUCUCGGUUUUGCAAUGGGUUACCUGUACUGGUACAGCUUGGGAAUCCUAGUCCCCUACGAGAUUGUCGCGGCGUCAUUGGUGAUUGAUUACUGGCCGAACAGCGUUCCGCUGGCUGCCUGGAUCACAAUCAUGCUGGUCGUUAUCGUGGUGCUGAAUUAUAUGCCCGUCGGUAUAUAUGGAGAGACAGAAUUCUGGUUUGCUGGUAUCAAGAUCAUCACUUUGAUCGGAUUGUUGAUUUUGAGCUUCAUUCUCUUCUGGGGCGGAGGACCGAAUCGGCAGCGUUUGGGUUUUCAUUACUGGAAAGAUCCUGGUGCCAUGAAUACGUAUCUCGUGACUUCGAAUGCGGAUACUGGACGGUUUAUUGGACUGUUGCAAUGCAUCGUCAAGUCCGCGAUCGCGUUCAUCUUCGCGCCCGAGCUCAUUAUUGUGACUGCGGGAGAGAUGGAAUCGCCGAGGCGGAACGUGCCCAAGGCUGGACGGCGGUAUAUUUAUCGACUCGUGGUAUUCUACCUGCUCGGAGCUCUGGCAAUCGGCGUUAUCUGCUCAAGCCAGGACGAGGCGCUCUUAACCGGAGACACCAACAAUGCCUCCGCGUCGCCCUUCGUCGCGGCCAUCCAGAACGCAGGCAUUCCCGUCCUCCGCCACAUCGUCAACGCAGCAAUCUUGACGUCUGCCUGGUCGGCAGGGAACUCGUUCCUGUACAUGUCCAGCCGCAGUCUGUACGGUCUCGCUGUUUCCGGCAACGCUCCGAGUAUCUUGAAGACGUGCAAUCGAUACGGUGUUCCCUGGAUCGCCGUCACCAUAUCCGCGCUUUUCUCUCUGCUCAGCUAUCUGGCCGUUUCGUCCGGGAGCUAUACCGUCUUCAACUGGCUCAUCAACUUCACAAAUACCUCCGGCUUCAUCUCCUGGAUAUGCUGCUGCAUAGUGUACUUCCGGUUCAAUGCGGCGGUCAAGGCUCAGGGUGUCGUUAAGCCGUACUCGUCUCGUCUCCAGCCGUACGGAAUCUGGGUCGGGUUAUCAUUCGCCUCAUUCCUGCUCCUUAUCAACGGCUUCACUUGUUUCUUCCCGUCUCAGUGGUCAGCGGCAAACUUCUUCACAGCGUACAUUGGUAUCCCGGCAUUCGUGAUACUCUAUGUCGGACAUCGGAUCUGGUUCUGGAGCGACCCGUGGGCUUGGAAGAGUACCGAGGUGGACUUGCAAACUGGGAUCGAGGAAAUCCUUGCAGCGGAGAAGCCGGCGAGGCCGCGGGAUACGAUCGGGAGGAAGCUGAUGGCGCUGGUUGAGUGA